AUGGACAUUCACAUGAUAAUCAUCACAUUCUUCAUUAAUCUUUUGUUCCUCCACAUUGUGGAAUCUGCUCGUGUUCUUCUGACAGUUAUGGAUCAAGGAAGAUCGCAUGCAACGUCAAUCAACACCUUCAUGCAUCGUCUUCAGAAGGAUAACCACACAACUGCGUUGGAAUUCGCAUGGUUCCAUCCGGAUAUUGAUUUCGGAAUGGAUGAGAGGUUUAUCGAUAUGAAAGGGUUCGAUAAUCCAUUCGCAUCUCCGGAUUUUGAUAAAAUUGCAUUUGAAGAAGAUUAUAGUUUUAUCCAUCAGGCGGUUGCAUAUGGAUUCGGCUCUAAAACAUGCGACAACAUCCUGAAGCACAAAAAAGAACGGUUCAAUGAGAUUCUCUCUGAGGACUGGGACCUCUACCUUUCAGAUUCUCUUUUUGCUGUCUGCGGCUACGGUAUGGCAGAGAUCAGUGGAAAACCACACGUUAUGAUGCAUUCUACGGAUCUCGAAUCCGCCCAAGGAUCAUUCAAAGCUUUUUCGAGAAACUAUGCAACUUUUGUACCAAGUAAUCUUCCUUUCACUAUGCUUGAUUUUUCGGUCACUAAAUAUUUUCAUAGAAUUUGGGCUGCUUAUGAUUGGUUCGGGAGCUUCAUUUUUACAGCGUUCGUCGGAAAUUUCGCUCAGAAAUGGGCACUACGGAGCAUUAUUCCAUUCCCAUAUUUCUCGUUUUCCGAGUACAAUAGACGAAGUUCAUAUUCAUUCACCGAUAUGCCAGAUUCCCUGUUUCCCCCUGCUUCCAGAACUAACGAUUUCUUCUCCUUCGGUGCCUACUGUAAGCCCAGUUCCACACCUCUCCCUUCAGAUUUUCUAUCAUUCAUAGACGAUCCUAAAUCAAAGGGUACGAUAUUGAUUGCUUUCGGUACAUUCAUCGACUGGAGAAGAGCACCAAAACACUACUAUGAUACGUUCUCUACGAUUGUCAAUCAGUUAACCGAUUAUCGAGUCAUCUGGAGUAUGAAAGGAGAACGACCACCUGGAUUACGAGAUCAUGUGAAGACUUCAUCAUGGGUUCCUCAGAACCAAAUUCUUCAUCACAACAAGACAGUCUUAUUUUUGAGUCACGGAGGGCUGAAGAGCACAAAAGAAGUGAUUUGCUCUGCAACUCCGACUAUCUUUGUUCCAAUGUUUGGAGAACAAACUCGAAAUUCCUGGCUUAUCAAAGAGAAGGGAUUCGGGAGAAUCAUGAAUAAAUUCAAUAUAAAUGUCAAAGAGCUCGGUACCCAUGUGAGAGAAGUUUUGGAACAUCCCACUUAUCAAGACAAAGCUAACAAGUUUCUGACAUAUUACAUGGAUCAGCCAAUUCCGACGCUAGAUGAAGGAGCAUUCCGAUUCAGCAAAUUACUGAAGUACGGUGGAAGAAUGCCAGCAUUUUUUUAUCCACGGGCUCUCGAUCUCUCUCAUAUUACGGUUCUUAAUUUAGACUUGGCGAUCCUCGUCUUCUUCUUUGACGGUACUAAGAGACAGAAUCUUGAAAAAUUAGUCGGGUGGCUCCGGUUACAAUUUCGAAAUCAUAUCACGGCGUCCGUUGAAACUGCUCUUCAAAUGGUUUUACGAAGCGAGCUCCUUUUCCAACUGAAUAGGUAUUUGGGAGGACUUUUACGGUUCAGAAAUGGGAACGGUGGUCGAUCAAUGUAUGUGGAUUGCCUAGUGGAUACUCCUGACAACGAAGAAGCACGACUCGAAAUAAAUGAAGGUGUGCGCCGAGAAAUUCCUCGCAUCGAUCGACCGAUCGCAGAGAACAGAGGGCGAAUGACAACGGAGUACUACGAAGAUAUUUCACCGCCUACAAGACAACCGGUACCUGAACCUGUCGAUAGUUUCGAUCAAAAAAUGGCGAGAAACCUAAACAGUGCUGUGACAUAUGUUGGUCCUGCAAGAAGAUUCGGACCUUCCCUUGUACCCAGAGAGGAAUCUGCAACUGAUUACUUCGUGGCGGAUGUUCCGAGCACAUCAUCAAGCUUUCCAGAUUGGCCGGCGCUCUCAAACCCUCAACCACAUUGUUCACGGCAACCAGACCCGGCCGCGAGUAACAGUUCUCACACUCUCCCUCCACGGACCCAAUGCGCUGAACGGGUACAAACACCGCUUACUGAAAGCGAUGUAAUCCAGGAAUAUGAUCAAUUCAGCGAGGAUGAUGAACCGACAUUGGGAGAUGAUUUGGAGUCUUUGACACCAAUCCGAGAGAACAUCCCUCCGCUUCAGAACGUUCCGAUGGAGUCCCAGAGAGCGCCACGAAACGCUGAUAUCCGCGAUAACAAUGCAAACGAUUCUGAGAAAACGAUCCCUCACAAUCAAUCAGACUCGGAAUCAUACGAAAUUUUCUCAGAAUUUCAGUCCAUUUCUGCUUUAAUCCUACCUAAAGAGUUGAUGGAAGGAGUGUACAAGAGUCUCGCUAAGAAUGAUGUCCCGGAAAAAUCUCAUGAUCAGCAGGCUGAAUUCAUCAUGGGGAAGUUAUUCCCAAAACGGAGCCCGCCAGUGAAUGCUUCAAUGUAUCGAACCGGUGACAACAAGGUGUUGGGAUUCCAAAAUAGUGACACUCAUCGAAUUUGGCUCACACCAAUAGAGAACCAAGUAAUAUUCUUAAACGGAAAGCUGGUAGCCUGCGAGCCAAGAAAACUCGGAAUAUGUGAAAUCUGUGCAAGUUACAAAUUCAGCAAUCACGAGACGCUUCGAUGUGAUAGCUGCAAACGUGUGUUCCAUGCCAAGUGCUUCGCGGUCCGUGCUCAACGAAAAGGGAAGUGCAUAUGUCGUGCUCGCCUCUGUCCUGAGAAGAACCCAUACGUGUAG